UUCAUAGCUUUAUCAAAAUAAAAUUGCCCUCAAUGUAGUGACAGUACCUGUUGUUUCUCGUUUUCUAGUAAAUAGUUUUUCAAAUUCAAAUGUUAGGAUUGCCUGAACUAAUCUUUUACCUGUAGAUGCUCAAAAAUCACAAAUGAUUAAAACUUGACUUCGCCAUUUAUCUCAAAAUGCUCCUUAACUUAAUUUUGAACCGAAAAGUAAUAUAGCUUCAAAAGGAGAUGUCAACUUUCAUGCAAUUUAUAUCGUAACUUCAGUCCAACGUACAGUCUUGAGAUUAAUAAUUAAAGCUACUUUACAGGUGUUUUCCAGGCGACCACUAAUUUCACGUGGAAUGGACAAUUAAUUAUUAAAUCUCGAACCAUUCCUUCCAUACUAGUUUUCAAAUCUCCAAAUCUGUAUUUAUACAUCCGCUGCAUAAAGAACCACAAAAAUUUACAGUUUUUGAUAUUGUUAGCCAAUUUAUUCGUUUCACGUUUUUCAUUCACCUGUUUCAUAAAGAUUGUUUUGCAGUUUCACUGAAGUUUUUUUAACAAUUUUUUGGUAGCAAAUUUGUCUUCAAGUAAAGCCAGUUUUUUUGUUGUAAAAAUCCUAUAAUAAAUUCAAAUCUACAUAGAUUAGCCUACAAUGUUCUCUCUAGAAGGAGUUCUAAGAUGCGGGGUUGUAUUUUUCCCGACUGUCGUUUUGACACUGCUUCAAUGUGGGCUGAACGAGGGCCACCUGUUCUGCAACAAGGACAGGUGGGUGUACAGUGUGCGGGCGGAGGACCAGAUGGCCAUCAGUGGCUACCAGGUGGGGGACAUACUCAGAUCCCCAGACACUCUGGCCAGCUGCUCCACCAAGUGCCAGAUGAACGAGGACUGUGAGACAUUUGCCUUCGACCAGGAGGAGUUCAAGUGUCAGCUGAUUGACCAGCCGGUGCUACAAGACAACGACAUAGUCUCCCAUCUGGCUACUAGCGAAGCCGAGGGCUACCGAGUGUUCCAGCCGGACUGCGGGGAUGGGACCAAGGGGGGCUGGUGGCUGCUGUUCAAAGCGGGCAGGGGCACUGGCAGACACUUCUUCGCUGACUUCGACACUGAUGGAGCCAUCAACACAGCACUGGACGUAAUCCAGGUGAAGGAUGUCAAGAACAAAGCACUAUUCCACCACGCAGACUUGGACACCUGGGGAACUGACGAUCCUCUCAAGUUCGUGGACGUCGAACUGCGACUCUACGACAACCUCGGAGGCGAGAUCUUCGCACUUCGCUUCGAUGCCGUCGGACACGACAAACACGACUUCUUCUCGUUGGACAACCUAGUGUACCACCCGUGGACAGAUGAUCCGAUUACUCUCGCAACCAUGUUUUAUGAGGAGCGAGAGAAUGUUCUGAACGGCGAUCCAGCAAACGUGAACGGAACUUUUGGAAUAACCGACGGAGCGCAGGGAGGUUGGAUGUUGGUUCUGGAAAACAAACCCGCUUGGAGCAUAGUUCAGAUCCAGCCGCCCGCAAUCCUCUACGCGAAGCCAGGCAGUACCAAGGUCACCAAUUGGGCCGAGGCUCUGAUCGAUGGAACUGCAGAAGUUGCCGCUACAUUUGCCAUCUUCGUCCGAUGAUUAUAUAAACUGAGUGUGAAAAUUGUGAAAAAGCAAACCGAAAGGCAAAUGACAAGAAGCUGUGUGAUACAAGUUUUGUUAUAACCUGUCAAAAUAUAUUUUAA